CCCACUAUGCGGAAUCAGUCGUAGCCUUUCUCUUUGAUUUAUAAAACAUGUGAAAACUGUUCUCUCAUGACAUUCUCUGUAUGUUCCUGUUUCAUUCGAUCGUCAUGCGGGUUUAUAUUUUCUUCGGUUUGAUAUGUGCAAUUAUUGGAGAAGAGCUAAAGGAAUCUCCACUUAAAGGAAAAAUAGACGAUAUUCAAGAUGUCCUGCUACUUGAGCUUGGACUUGACGGACCAAGUCAUAACAUUCGUAAAAUUCGACAGUCAGAGCAAUCUCAUGACUAUGAUACAUAUACGGGACUUUAUGCAAAUAUACAAGCUCCACAGCGAAGUGCAUCCAUAAACAACAAGCCAGAAUAUAGUGAAUAUUAUACAAGCGGCAAUGAAGAACUGGAACGCCCCAUCAAUCAAUAUCGACAACAGAAAUUUUCAUACGAUGAACCAAACUCUCAAACCGAAUAUUCAAAUCUACCUAAAAUAAAUAUUCAAAAUCAAUUACCUGCCCACAUCUCCGCAAGUAUGUUGCCUAUUUCGAGAAAUCAAGCAUACGCACUAGUCUAUAAUGAUCCAAAUUUAGAAAAAACUUUAAAAUCAUAUUUUCCUAUAUCUCCAAAUGAUAAACAAAAUACAGGUAAUAUUUUAUCAUCCAAAAAAUUGGACCGAACCGAUUAUUCAAGCGCAAGAUAUUCCGGAAUCCAAAAUUCACCAACUGAAUCAUAUCAAGACACUUCAGAGUACGGCCAAUACCACGUUGAAUUAACAGCACCAAAAAAUGUGCACCAUUCUCCUCAACAUCUGUUACAGAAUCUACCAAAUCAUCAACCAGUGCCAUUUGUGAAGACUCCUCCUACUCCAUACAUACCACAAUCACAAUAUGUGAAAUCUAAUUCUAGGCCUAGCAAAAUUCAAUCAGAACAAAAUUUGGUAUCUGUUGCUCAAGCUCAAGCUCAAGCAGAAGCUCAAGCUUUAGCAUUCCAAAAAUUUUCUCAUUCCGCUCACUUGGAGCAUCAACGAGCUGCACUUAAUCAGAUUCGUCUCGGAAUAGAGCGACAUGAACAGCAAACUGCUCUCGAUCAAAUCAAUCAUGGUGAUGUUAGUGAUGCUGGUAGAGAACACAUUGAAAAAAACUCCAAAUUUUUAGAUCCUCAGUCUGUUCAGAAAGCACAACUAAUAAAUCACUUAUCGGAAAAAGUCGCAGAGAAUCGAAAGAACCAAGAAGCUACGGAAUAUAAAGCACAUUCUGAUGCAAUUAUUGCUCUUCAAAAACAACAGGCGGCACAUCUUAAGGCUCAAGAAGAUGCUCACAUUUUCGCUCUUAACUUUGAAAGAAAUCAAGUAAAUGCACAAGCGAGAGCACAAGAACUCGCUAAUGCUCAAGCAGUAAUCUUAUACAAGGCUCAUCGUGCAGCUCACGUCAAAGCCCAGAAUGAAGCAACGCAUGUGGCUCGUGCGCAAGCUGAAGCAAGAUACCGAGACCCAGAGCAUACUCCUGUUAUUCAAUAUCUAUUACCCGAAAGAAAGUCUUAUCCUGAAUUGCGCAGUAGUUUGACUCAACCAAUAUCCCAUAAAAAUUGAACUUCUACGAUAUAACCAGAUGAAAUCUAGAGUUCAUCGAAUAAACAUAGAGUCGAUUUUAAAACCGAGUUGAUUUCUAUAUGCGAAUUAAUUGCAAUAAUUUUCUCAUUAAUACUGUUUUUUGUGUUUAAUGAAAAAAAUUUGCAUCUACUAAAUUAUGAAUGGUUAUGAAUUUUAAAAGUUUAUUAUUUUUUGAAUUUGCAAAAAAGUUUACGGAUUUAGGACAUUGAUAUGAACAAAAAAAUACAUCAAAUUUCCUUGAUGACAUGUUUAUAAAAAAGAAAAAAACGCAUUACUUCUUUGGUAAUUUUGGGAUUAACAUAAUAAUUUGAUCAUGAUGAAUGAGAACAAAAUUACCAAUAAAUAUUGAGUUUCGAACGUUAUGAUUAUUCAUUUGCUUAAUUUCAAAGUAUAGAAUCUUAAAGGUUACAAAUUAUCAAAAUCUUAGCAAUUUAUUUACGAUAGUUAUGAACAUGUCAAUUUAGCUCAAUAGAAUCUUUAAAACUUCUAAUUAUUUGCAUAAAUUUUAGGGUUGCAAUAAUAUUUCAAUAAAAUUUAGAAAAACAACUUAAAUUUAAAAAGGUUAACGAAAAAGAAAUUUAUCAAUCUCGGAAAUGAUUAACAGAUUGGUAAGGAGGCAAAAGAAAACAGAAUAAUUCGUAACAUCGAAAAAUAUACUUUUCUUAAAACUAGAUGAAUCUAUGUUUAUUAUAAAAGUUUUGAAUCAGAGUAAUAAAUGAGAAUUUACAAUAGAUUAUCAUACGACGAGAAAAUUCAGCAGAUUUAUUCACGAUAGCUUCUCAAAUUUGACUAAAUUUCAGAUGCAAUAUUACGUUACUUCGUGUUAUAAACUGUUGGAAAUAAAAAGCAAGAAUCAGUGAAGCACUUGAACGAACAAUAUCCAUCGUUGUAUACGGAAUUUAUAAUCCAGCGAAAAAGUAGAUGUCAGAAAAUAAAAAUAGGAGGAAAACUUCAAAUAGAACUGGUUAAAGAGUACGUUUCUACUUUUGGAGUAACUUUAUGUCUUGUAUUCAUCUGUAUAUAAAUAUAUACACACAGUUCUGUAUAUAUUAUAUACAUAUGAAAAACUGGUUCAACUAUAAUUCUCAAAUUAAAAUCUUGUAGUAUAAGUAGAACGAAGAUUUAAAUAAAACUACGAACUCAUAGUUUUAAUUUCAAGCAUAUGUUAACCCGAGUCGAAAUUAUAAAUGUAGCUGAGUCUCGAAAGCCUCAAAUCUGUUGAUGUUGUACUUGCCGCUGGAUAUCAUAUAUUAUUUAAGUCCUCAAUAUUCUGAUAAUCGAGUAUGGGAGAGUAGAUCACAAUUUUAAAAUAAUAUUAAAGUCCUCAAUGCUCUAAAAAAAGCUUAUGAAGAAGUAAAUCAUCAUUUUGAAAUGAUGUUUCAACACUUCAAAGCCUACUAUACAUUUAAUUUGUAACGUCAAAUUAGCUCAAUUCUUUAUCAUACGAUUAUCAUUACAAUAAUAGCUGUGUUUAAAGUAGAUAAAGAUAUU